AAAGGACUUUGGAGCUGUUAGAGGAGCCGAGGGAGAUAAGAGCGUGGCCAGGCAAGCUUGAAGGAAGGGAGGGAACGCUCACUGGCCACCGCUGCCCGGUGAAGACACAUCAUGGAGCCCAGGGCAGCCCAGCUGCGGCAGAGAGGAGGGCUAGGAAACGAGCAGGAGGACCAGCCCUGCAGAGAAGGGGAGCCCCGAUCUGGGAGUGCGGAUCGCCCAGGAAACAAUGAGACACACAGAGGCCCAGAUUUGGUACAAUGGACCCGGCAUAUGCAGGCUGUGAAGACGCAGUUGCUGGAGCAGGCGCAGGGCCAGCUGACCGAGCUGCUGGAUCGAGCCAUGUGGGAGGCCGUUCAAUCCUACCCACCACAAGGUGGCCCGAUGCCCUCCAUCCCUGCAGGGUCCUUGAGCAAGACCCGGGAGCCAUCCUUGGGGAAACGAAAAGUUUUCAUCAUCCGCAAGUCCCUGCUUGAUGAGCUGAUGGAGGUGCAGCACUUCCGGACCAUCUACCACAUGUUCAUUGCCGGCCUGUGUGUCUUCAUCAUCAGCACCUUGGCCAUCGACCUCAUUGAUGAGGGCAGGCUGAUGCUGGAAUUUGACCUACUGAUCUUCAGCUUCGGACAGCUGCCCUUGGCGCUGAUGACGUGGGUCCCCAUGUUCCUGUCCACUCUGCUGGUUCCCUACCAGACCCUGCGGCUGUGGGCGAGGCCCCAGGCCGGAGGGGCCAGGAUGCUGCGGGUGGCCCUGGGCUGCAUGCUGCUGGCCGCCCACACUGCGGUGCUAGGCAUCCUCCCAGUCCACGUAGCUGUGGAGUAUCAGCUCCCCCCGGCCUCGCGCUGUGUCCUAGUCUUUGAGCAGGUCAGGCUUCUGAUGAAAAGCUACUCCUUCCUGAGAGAGACAGUACCUGGGACGCUUGGCACGACAUGGCUCAGAGGUGGUGAGGGCGUCCGGACCCCCAGUUUCUCCAGCUACCUCUAUUUCCUCUUCUGCCCCACUCUCAUCUACAGGGAGACUUACCCCAGGACACCCAACGUCAGGUGGAAUUAUGUGGCCAAGAACUUUGCCCAGGCCCUGGGCUGCGUGCUCUAUGCCUGCUUCAUCCUGGGCCGCCUCUGUGUUCCUGUUUUUGCCAACAUGAGCCGGGAGCCUUUCAGCACUCGUGCCCUGGUGCUCUCCAUCAUGCAUGCCACCCUGCCAGGCAUUUUCAUGCUGCUACUCAUCUUCUUUGCCUUCCUCCACUGCUGGCUCAACGCCUUCGCAGAGAUGCUACGAUUUGGAGACAGAAUGUUUUAUCGGGACUGGUGGAACUCAACCUCCUUCUCGAACUAUUACCGCACUUGGAACGUGGUGGUCCAUGACUGGCUGUACAGCUACGUGUAUCAGGAUGCGCUGUGGCUCCUCGGUGGCCGGGCCCGAGGGGCAGCCAUGCUGAGCGUGUUCCUGGUCUCUGCCCUGGUCCAUGAGUACAUCUUCUGCUUCGUCCUGGGAUUCUUCUACCCUGUCAUGCUGGUGCUCUUCCUUGUCUUUGGAGGGCUGCUGAACUUCACGAUGCACGACCAGCACACCGGCCCGGCGUGGAACGUGCUUAUAUGGACCAUGCUCUUUCUGGGCCAGGGCAUCCUGGUCAGCCUGUACUGCCAGGAGUGGUACGCACGGCGUCACUGCCCCCUGACCCAGACAACCUUCUGGGGGCUGGUGACCCCUCGAUCCUGGUCCUGCCACACCUAGAGGUCAGAGCAUCCUCACUGCCCAGAGGACACCACCAAGUUCUUCUGAGCCUAUAAAGCCUGGGACCAGGGUUCCUCUCUGCAUCCCCAGACCUAGCUCUGGGUCAAGGGGGCCUGCCCCCCUCCCCCCAGGGAACUCCAGGGACUGAGCUCUGUGGACCUGUGGACAGGCGAGCACAGGCUCAGAAUGGUGGUUCUUGAGCCCCCAUCCAUGGAUGGGGCAAGGGCCCCCUCUCACUUCAUGGCUGUUCAGAGUUGGGGAGACUUGAAGGACCUCACAGAACUGGUGAAUGUGGGGUGACUUAGAGCAAGUGGGAAGGGUUUUUUCUUUGUACUCUCUCCAAAGCAAUAAUAAACUGUCUAUUUGUA